GGCGGCGAAGAUGGCGCUGUCCAGGGGCCUGCGGUGCUGCCAGCGCGUCUUCGGCUGGGUGCCCGUCCUCAUCAUCGCGCUGGUGGUGCUGUGGUCCUACUACGCCUACGUCUUCGAGCUGUGCCUGGUGACUCUGACCAACUCCAUAGAAAGAGUGGCCUACCUCACUAUAUUCCACGUGAUCUUCGUGUUUUUCAUAUGGACGUAUUGGAAGUCUAUAUUUACUCCUCCGCAGCAACCGGACAAAAAGUUCCACAUGUCUUACGCUGACAAGGAGCGCUACGAGAAUGAAGAGCAUCCCGAAGGACAGAGGGAAAUACUUCUUGAAAUGGCGCGGAAAUUGCCGGUGUACACCAGGACAGGGAAUGGAGCCAUUCGAUUCUGUGAUAGAUGCCAACUCAUCAAACCAGACCGCUGCCACCAUUGUUCAGUUUGUGCUAUGUGUGUAUUAAAAAUGGACCAUCAUUGCCCCUGGGUGAACAACUGCAUUGGAUUUUCUAACUACAAAUUCUUCCUACUAUUCUUAGCGUAUUCUCUAUUGUACUGCAUGUACAUUGCCGCAACAGUCUUCAAGUACUUCGUCAAGUAUUGGACAGCGGAGCUGACCAAUGGACGCUCCAAGUUCCAUGUCCUUUUCCUUCUUUUUGUGGCAAUCAUGUUUUUCGUAAGCCUCAUGUUCCUCUUUGGCUACCAUUGCUGGCUCAUCAGUAGAAACAGGUCUACGUUGGAGGCUUUCUCGGCUCCAGUGUUUCCGAACGGCCCGGAUAAAAAUGGAUUCAACCUAGGCUUUGUCAAAAACCUUCAACAAGUGUUUGGAGAGGAAAGGAGACUCUGGCUGUUCCCUGUAGUAUCCAGUAAGGGCGAUGGGAAUUCUUUCCCAACAAGAACAUUGAGUGAAGCACGGAAUCCACUGCUAGGAAGCAAAGAGCAGUGGGAUGAAAACGGGUCAGACGAUGACAACCACGAUUACCAGCAAGGUUCCUCCCUUUCUGUGGAAAUGGAGACGUAGCAUUUUUGAAUGGCCGAUGGUACAAAACUUGUUCUUCUGUGCUUCCUUCUCUCUCAUUUGCUUCCUCCGACGACGGACACUUGUGGGGAAUAAAUGGAAAGGACGCACGUGGAUUUCCCAGGAUAAGAAAGCGCCGUUCUCAGAUGCUAGUUCUAGCUCUCUGAAAUGCCUCUUCAGGAAGGAUGCUUGCCUUGGUGAUGCUUCCAAGGGUUCCUACGCAUUUGGUUGUUCACAGGGCAACCUUGGAGUGAUUGAGCCCAUUCACGACCUUUUCCUUUUAUAUGUCUGAUCCAGAAUAAGUGAAAACGAUUAGUGCAAAUGCAUUUCCAAACGCCUUAAAGGCAGUUAUCUAACACCCUGGACUUCACAUUAUGUCUCAUCUUGCCAACUAGCAAGAAUGGUUCUAUAACAAGAAGUAGAUGGAGGCUUAACUAGACUACUUGGACAAGUGCUUUUAAGCAAGAGUCGUUGUUGCCAAAUCAAGCCUUCUUGUUAGAAACUGUGGGUGAGUAUGUACUGCUCGUGCAGGCUGUAUAUAACCCCCUCCCCACCAAAACACCUAUACUCGCUUUCUUUAUCCAUGACUUUUAAAUUCUAAGAACUCUGACCCUUUUUGUUCUGAAAACACAGCCUCUUCAGUACAGUGUCAAGUUUUUACACGCUUUAAAGCACAAUCCUUGUUGCAAAUGCCUAGUUUCAAAGGUAUAUUUGUUGACAAACCCAUUAGUACAUCUCCAAAUAGUGGCCAAGUUUUGGAUGUAGCAUGCCUGUGUUUGGCCUGCACAACAGUAGCCUAAUCCUUCCCAAGGUGGUCAAGUUGCACCUGCUCACGUGACUGAAUACUCCUCUGUACAAAAGUUUCCCCCCACAUAGGAAAGUACCAUGCCAAGAAGAAGCAUCCUAGGCUAGCCACCGCCCUGACAUCCUGGUUUUCUAUGUAAUAGGAAAAGGUUGGGUUUUUUUUAAUGUCUGGAGGAACAUUCAACCAUAUGAACCCUUGAAGUGGAAAAAUUUGGGCAUAGGUCCAUAUCACAGACUUUGUAGAAAGAAUGAAAGAAAAAUGAUAAUCUUAUGAUGAGUAAGUGGUACUAAGAAUUCAUGUGCCUCCAUCUUUAAAAAUAAAAUCAAGCAUCUUUUUUCCCCUUCGAAUAUUGAACAGACCAGCCAUGAGGUAUGCUGGGACUUGCUUGACCUUCUUUUCCUUUUGUAACUCUACCUGAAGUGCUGGCAUCAGAAGGACCCUUUAUUAGCCUCCAGGUCCAGCCAAAUAAGACUUUUUCCUGAGAGAUUUCUCUGUUGCUCUGAUCAGUAACAAUGCACAAGUGGGAAAAGAGAAGAUGGCUUUAGAGAGAACUGUCCAGUGCAGACAGUAUACCAAAUUGUAACCCUCUUCUAGGCAUCGAAUCGUAGUCUUAGAUGUGUCUACUGCAGUGGUGGAGUUCUAAGAGCUCUGACCUUCGACAACAAGGUAUUCUUUUUAUAUAUAUGUCCAUACCCAGAGGCUGAAAAAGGAGAUGCUUCACCAUUUUUAACAUUUUAACUGAGUUCCUUGAGCUAUUUCUUUCAUGGGUUGCUCCCUUUCACUGGCCUAGUCACGUAUGGGGCCUCAAACACAUGGCCUGUUGCCUCCAGAAAGGUUUAGGUUCAGUGUGGCACUUAAUGUGCUAUUUCUAUCCCAAAAUGAAGAGAGACAAGAAAAUGAAAUGUGUCUAAAACCCAUUGAAAGAAUCUGAAUUCACACCAAUUUGUUUUUAAGCUUUAUCGACGUCAGUGGGACUUCUUUAGGCUUCACUUUCCCAGGAUUAUCUGCUGUAUAUUGAUUGCUACAUGCUUGUCUUAUCAAUCUGGGGACAUCUAUUGAGAAAUUGGUUGUAUGUAUCAUCUCUGAUGUAUACUUCACACAAAAUAGACAUUUGGAUGGCUUUCACACAUGACAUUUACGUUCUUCUACAAACAAGUACCAGUUGUGGUGUCAAAAAUGGUAAUGUGUUACUGUUGUUACUAAAUUGUGUUUCUCCCCACCCCUUCCUUUUCCUUGAUUGGAGCCAGUGCACUUUAAUUAUUCUUCCAUUGAUUCCAAGUUGAUCAAACAUCAAAUGGAAAUGAAGUAAAUGUAAAUGUUGGGGAAAAUAUAAAAAUGACUCAUAUGAAGAUGCAGGAGCCUUAUUGAAAUCUGCCUCUAACUGCCUAGUUUACGCACAGGGAGGGUCAGCAUCACACUUACUGUUGGUCUGUUCUCAGGCCCAUGGAUUGGACAUCAGCACUGAACAGGAACAAAGCACACAAAGUUGUCUUUGCAUGGCCCUCAUUAGAUGCUGAUGUCUCUAUGGUGUGGACAUCAGACAGAUUAUGGGGCAGGCAGCAACUGGUCAUGAUGGACUGAAUCCCAACCCACCUCCUGGGACAUAGGUUCUAUGCUACUAGUUAGGGUUGGGCAGACUUUGGGCUCAUCAGAUUUAUUCUGUUCUUUAUUAAUCCACCAACAAGAGCCAGGUGCAAAAGAUAUGCACUUAGAAUUAAAGAACAGCUUACCUCUGAGCCUAGGAAUUUAUUUUCAGUGUCAGAACUGAACUGAGCUCACAGCCCUUUCACACAAAUGUCCACUCCUGGUUAUCCCAAGCUUUUGUCAUUUCAGCAACCUAAUUUAGGUGGAAAAAUUAAUUUGUUUUGCUAUUGUUAAAUAAAUGGGAGUCAGAAAUCAUCUGUUUCAAAAGAUUCUGGUCCAAAGGAAUUUUUUUUCUUCAUUUUCAAAUACCUGCUAACACACAAUCCCACAAAGUACAAUGAAUAAAACAAGUCAACAGAAGAUGAUUUUGUGAAAUCAUGAAUGAGAAAGAUCUUUGUUACCAGGUUUCCUAACAGUGAAUAACUAUACGACUAUCAACAUUAUCUCAAAUCAGAUAAAAACCUUAGCAUGGAAAACUAUUUUUGAAAUGUAGAUGUAGCUUGAAUGUCCUCUCUUACCAUAAUUUUCAUGGGACUUUUUUCAAGGGUUUAUGUUGAAAAAUCCACUCAUCCAUCCGUUAACCCAAAAUCUGAAGGAAUAUUUCACAAGUUCCCAUUGCCUGUUUUAAGUAAGAAACAAAACUUUGGGAGCAGUAUGGAUCACAGGCUGGGCCACUCUACAGCAAAAGCACUUUCUCAGUAUAAUUGAAAAUAUUUUAUUAAAUACUUUGUACCAUUAAGAGUAUCAUCACUUUCAACAAUCACCCAUUUCUUGCGUUUCAUUCAAAUUUUCCUGUAUUAGCCAAAAGGACUAAGCAGAUGUCCUGAAGAAGGGACAGUAUUUCCCUUACUCUAAUUUCAGUGCUUUUGUGCUAAAUUGUAAAUACAAAAAAAUAUAUUAUCAAAAGAGGAUAUGGAGCAAAAAUCCAUGCCAGUGGUGCUUCUUGAAUUGUACCGACCUUGCGGCCCAGACUGAUCCUGUGCGUGCACCCAGCGGGCAUGUAACAUAUGGAGAUCAGCUAUGCUGAAUGAGCACUUGUGAUCCAGGGUGAGGGGAACCACAUGCCCACACGAGCAGCUGUUAAACAGCUUUGUAGUUGCGGCGCUGUGGCUGUAACAGCCAGUUAAAGUAUUCACUUACAGCCAUUUCCAAAGUCUUCAGUAUUUUCAUAGAAAUGCAAAGCACUGAAGUGUUUUCAGUGAUCUAAACAGAACAUAGGAAUCCAACCCUAAUAUGAGACACAUUGGCCUCCCAUACCUGGACUACUUUAUAAUGAAUAUUAAAUAGGCUCCCUGUGCUACAGAAAUAUAUGAAGCAGGAUCUACACAUUGAAGGUGUAAGCUGUCCUACACUAUAUAUGGAAUAUGGACCCAGUGAGCAUUCCACAAUGCUUCUGUUUAAAGAGGAACCUUUUAUAGGGUUUCUGUUGACCUCAUUGAGUAAAGGAGUAUGGUGGAAGUGCGGUGCAGACACACCAGUAGAGAAGUUAGUGGUGUAAAAUUGCCAUCACGAGAAGACAGAGCAGGAGGACAGUUUCUACCCAAUUAAUUUCCCAGGAAAAGUGGUGCAGAAUAUCCUUGUGAUCCUUACACAGACUUGACAUUCCAUGUACACUGCUCUGGCUAGCAGUUUACAACAUCACACUGAUGUCUACAAAAGAUUGUGGUAGUGACAAGUUGGGUAGUAUAUUGCUGUUUAAGAGACCGGGGCUUUUGCACAUAUUGCUACAUACACUACACUGGUGAAUUUUGUAAAUUAGAAUACUAAAGAAUCGGAGUUCGGUAUGUAUGCAGCGAAGAAUAAUGGCGGCGUUGGUGAUACCCCAGGGUUGAUCAAUAGUGGGAUCUUGCAUGCUGGCGUACUGCAAGAUUCAAUUAGCAUGGUGAUGUAAAAAUGUUUACUUAUCCAGAAUCUAUGGGAUGAUAUCCCUUUCAGAUGACGCAUAAGAUUGAAAGCACAAUUUUUGUACUUGGCACAGUACCAGGAACACAAAAUAUCUGCAGUGGCAAUAUGAAUGUAGCAAGUUGUUCCUUUCUGCCCAUCUUGGGAAAAGGGUGUGGCAGAACUACACUAGAGACGCAGGGAUUUACAGGAACGAAUUUGCCCCUUUCCUCUGCAAGCUUCUUGAAGAUGUAGCAGUGCCAUCAUGGCCCUGCAGCACAUCCACUGUCAGCCAGGCAGCAGUAACCUGCUGUGUAGGAUUGUGGUUCUGAGCGUCAGAGGCUGGUUUGGCUGAACAGGGCGUGUUUGUUGAGACACUGCUGUAAUGUACCAACCCAAACGGGCAUUGGCUUUUGAAGGCCAUUUUGCUUGCUCUCCCCUGUUGACAUUCAUGUACGUGCAAAUGGUUUUUUCAUCAAGUUGUGUUAACAUAUUGAGGAAAGAAAGACACUUUUGACUAUCGCUGCUGAUGGGAGGAUGGCACAAGUUUGAACUUUCCGCUCCAUCAUCAAACAGAAAGAUGAUUGUGCUUGCUAACAGCACAUUUGGACUUGGAGCAUGAGAGUGGCUGGGUUUCCUCAAGUCAUUCAUUACUAAGAAAAGAACAUGAUUGAGGCAAAUAGUUGAACAGAGUGCAGCCUAUAUACUGUGGAUUCUCAAUCAUUUGAUUUCCAUUUAAUGCAGUAUAGCUACAGGCUUCAUAUUCAAAGUUAAUUAAUGUCCUAUUUUCCCCAUUUAAGACUGCAUUUAACUCAUAUGAAGACUGGGGAGAAUAACUGAUUUUCCAAUCCAAAAACACCCCCUCAAAAGUUUGCAUUCCUACCAUCAGCUGUGGACCAAGCUGGAUAGUGAAGCUUGACUGUAUUCCUGUGAAACUUGUUGCCCUGCCUUGCGCUGUAUUGCUGUUCAAGUAAUCAAAUCAUUUGUUCUACAGCAUUAAUGUUUUAUUUAAAAUAAAUUGUUUAGUAAGAGUCUUGAAAGUGGCAGCUUACUGCAUGGUCCUUUCCCCAACUAUAUUUCUUACUUUUUCAUGUCAUCACUUUUCUGAUAGUCAGUGGGACAAGCUUCUCCUCAUUGUGUAUAUUUAAAUAUUCUGUUCACUGUUACAAUUGCUUCCGCGCUCUGGCUUUAUGUGCUUCCGAAGGAAUCAAGGCCCAAUCAUUUCAUUAAUAUUUCGAAGAGGUGCGAUUUCCCCAUUUGAUUUUACAAUACGAGGUGUAUGAAAUCGACUGCUGUUAAGUAUCAUGGUACAGAACUAUUUCCCCUGAUAACUAAGCCUCCUCACAAUAUAUUCAGCAUUUUGAUCAUUGCAGAAAGUGCCACUUUGAGCCUCCUGAAUGUUGAAUUAUUCCAUUAUCUCAGGUUUGUUCAUUUAAAAAGUGUACGUUCAUGCUUUUGUAGCAGCCUUAAGCAUGGAAAUCUUUUGCAAUAAAAAUAUUUUAUAGAACCAG